UUUUUUAAAUUUAACCAAAAAUUAUGUAUAAUAACUGUACUCCGAAUAAGCUAUUUAUGUGUUUAGGUCAACUUUUAUUAUUAAUUUGUCAAAAUUAAUCACAAGGUUAUCAACAUAAUGUAAAAAUGAACUCAUUAAGACGAUAUAAUCUUUGAAUACUAACUAAAAUUAAGAAUGGUUUUAACUGGCAAGGUUGCUUUUAUAACCGGUGGAGCCUCCGGAAUUGGUUUAGCUUGUGCUAAACAAUUUCUUGCUACCAACAUUAAGGGUGUUGCUUUAGUUGAUAUAAACGAUAUCGAUGGAAAUAAAGUAUCCAAGGAGUUGAACCAAAUUUAUCCCAACAAAAUAAUUUUUAUAAAAACUAACGUUUCUGAUAAGAACCAGGUUAAAGAGGCCUUUGAAACGGCUAUAAAAGAAUUUGGAAACUUAGAUAUCGUCCUGAACAAUGCCGGAGUAGUAAAUGAGUUUGAACCAAAUAAAUGUUACGAUGUCAAUAUUGUUGGAGUAACGAAUUGUCUCCAAUUAGCAAUUAACGAUUUUCUUCCUAAAUUUAAAUCGAAACAUUUAGAUGGUAUUGUAAUAAAUUUAUCAUCAAUUACAGCUCUUAACCCAAAAUCUUGGUUCAUGCUCCCUACUUACGUUGCAUCAAAAUCCGCGGUUUUAGGAUUAUCCAUGUGUUAUAGCCACCCGUAUUAUUACGAAAAAAGCGGAGUGAAAGUUAUUGCUAUUUGCCCAGGACUUACAAUUACUGCUUUACUUGCGACGAGUGAGGUUACCGAAAACGAGGAUUUAAUGAAAGUGAUUAAUAACUUGCCCACUCAAAAAGCUGAUGUUUUGGGAAAGAAUUUGAUUCAAAUCAUAGAAAAGGCAAAAAAUGGAUCGAUUUGGAAAAUGGAAGCUGGAUUAAUCGAGGAAAUUGAUUCAAUAAAAAUUAAUUAAUAACA